CAAGAAACGUGUCGCUUGUUGAUGACGCACUGACCCAUUACGAAGGUUGCAAAACGAUUGCGUCAAACUAAGUCGCGCAGUUGUUUCUAGAAAGGUGAACGACGAACGUUGCUCUCUCGACUGAAUAAUCUAUCAUGACCAUGUUGGUGGCGAGGCUGACGUGCCUGAGGAGUCUUCCUCUCGCCGGGCUGCGUCCUGUGCUGUCGCAGGGCUCCGCAACCCUGAGAGCACCCACCCUGAAGGCCGGUGCCCCCCUGCUCAGGCCCCAGCAGGGUUAUUCGACUAAGGCCAGAUUUGGUUUCCGACGUGGGAAAACAACCAGAGACCAGCUGAAAGAAGCAGCUUUUGAGCCAGCAAUGGAUACCGCUAUUAAAAUUGACAGCAUGGGAAGAAUUAUUCUGGCUGGAGGUGCAGCAGUUGGCCUUGGAGCUCUGUGCUACUAUGGCCUCGGCAUGUCCAAUGAAAUCGGUGCCAUUGAGAAAUCUAUGAUCUGGCCUCAGUAUGUGAAGGACAGGAUCCACUCCACCUACAUGUACUUUGCAGGCAGUAUUGGGCUGACAGCUUUGUCCGCUGUAGCAGUGAGCAGAACCCCCGCACUCAUGGGUCUGAUGAUGAGAGGAUCCUGGCUGGCUAUUGGAGCAACGUUUGCGGCUAUGAUUGGUGCCGGAAUGCUGGUUAGGUCCAUUUCGUAUGAGCACAGCCCAAUGCCCAAACACCUUGCUUGGAUGAUGCAUGCAGGUGUGAUGGGUGCUGUCAUCGCUCCCCUGACUCUCCUCGGAGGACCUCUGGUGAUGAGGGCCGCCUGGUACACAGCAGGAAUUGUGGGAGGUCUGUCUACUGUGGCCAUGUGUGCUCCAAGUGAGAAGUUCCUCAGCAUGGGCGGACCAUUGGCUGUUGGCUUCGGAGUGGUCUUCGCCUCCUCUAUUGGAUCAAUGUUCCUGCCGCCCACGUCAGUGUUUGGGGCAGGCCUGUACUCUGUGGCUGUCUAUGGAGGCCUGGUCCUGUUCAGCAUGUUCCUCCUCUAUGACACACAGAAGGUCAUCAAGAGGGCAGAGACACAUCCACUCUAUGGUGUACAGAAGUAUGACCCCAUUAACGCGUGCAUGGGGAUUUACAUGGACACACUCAACAUCUUCAUGAGAUUGGUGAUGAUUCUUUCAGGUAGUGGUGGCAAAAGGAAGUAAACUUACAUUUUUUACAAUCCACUGCGCUGAACAAAUUCCUAUCUUGAUACAAGCCACAUACGCCAGGUGACAAAUCCUAUCCAACUUGUAAAAAAUACAUGAUAGCUUUGCAACAGUGUGAAGAAGAGUAUCUCACUCUAGUGGAAAGAAGACAAAACGUAUACAUUUAUAACCUACUAAGAGCUCUUUCCCCAAGUGUAUCCUGGAGUUUAUCCUGAAGGUUACAUAUGGGUUAAAUUUGUCAGCAUCAUUUUGCUUGCCUCAGUUAUUGUUUGUAUUCUUUGUUUUGUAUUUAUUUCAACUUGAUGGUUUGUGUUUAAAUAUGAAUGAAUAUUGAAGAUUAUCUGGUACAUGCCACAGACAGUCCCCACACAUCAACCAUAGACUGAUCCAGAUUCAUAUUCAUACAGUGCAUAUAUUUCUGAGAAAUUGAUUCACUCAAUAAAUACGUUAAAAUGU